GAAUUGCAGCCGCCACACUACGCGUUUCACACUUGGGAACGCCUGUAGUUUGCCAGUGAAGCUAUGGCCACACGAAGCCAAACACAAAAGCCGUCUUUGGCAAAGCUCCUCAAGCACGGCAUUGAUCCGAAUGCUUUGUCCUUCGAGGAUGUUGGGGAGCGUCGCACUUUGUUGUGCCUGGCCAUUGAAGAGGCCAUGAAGCUCGACCAAGACCUCUCCAAGGUGGAGUUGCUGCUGGAGUCGCGCGCGGACCCCAACCGAUGCUCCGAGACGGGGCACUUCCCACUGAUGCUGGCCUCGAGGUAUGCCAGCGUGAAGUUAGCCAGAAAGCUCUUGCAGGUGCGGGCUGAGGUGAAUCAGCAGGAUACGAAGCGCGUGUCCCCGCUGCACACCGCGGUGCACCAGGAUUCAGCUCAACUGGUGCAGCUCCUUUUGAUGCACAAGGCCAAUGCCAAUGCACCGGAUCAGAUCGGGCAAUCGCCGAUCUUCUUUGCUGGCAGCACUACAGUGAUCGCUGCGCUGACGGAUGCCAAAGCGGAUCUGCAUCACUUGAACAAGAAAGGUCAGAGCGCCUUGCACCUCGCCGCGCACAACGGGCGCUUCGAGGCGGUGGCCUAUUUGACCGACCAUGAGUUCCUCGAUGAGUCGGUGGACCUGCAGGACGAACGCGGCCGUAGCCCUUUGCAUCUGGCGGCGGCACAAGGACACCAGCGUGUGGUCUCCCGCCUCAUGGACGUGGGUGCCAACCCCAGGCUCAAGAUGCACAACGGGCAGACUCCGAUGACCCUCGCGGACAAGAAGGACACCGACUUGGCCCUGUACAUCUACACGCGGAUGACCGGAGGUAAGCAUGCCACAUGGUCAGAGACCAUGCAGAAUCCCAUGUUUCUCACCUUGGCCGCAGUCUUGGGUGUGGCUUGCUUUGUCAACCGGAUGGUGAUCUUUGACCUGGUUUGGGAUCUCAUUGCCUUGCGCUUCAACUGAUUUCAUGCAAGGGAAGCUUUUUUUGGAUGGUCAAGAGUCUCUGACCAAAAGAAGCUUCCCGGUUUGGAAGAUUGACCAUAGUGUCCGCAAGCUUGAUAGUCGCGAUAGCAAAUUGGCAUUCAGGAACGGCCUGUUGUAGUUUGCCAAAGCUGACUACAGAUACAGAAGUGGAGUCCUGGAGAGGGAUGUUGGUG